UAGAUGUAUGUUUAUUUCCACAUCUGACUAGUAGUAAUCCAUAUUAUUACGAAACUGAAAGUUAGUGUUGUUUGUGUGUCAGGAUCUGGAUGGGAGUGGAGUUGGACAGUGGGGGAGGUGACAACUCGGGGUCUCACUCCGGAGUAAGAUACUUCAACUGUAGACCCGCCCACGGGGUAUUCCUACCACCAUCCAAGGUCAAAAGACUCUCUCCUCCAGCAGUAGCAGCAACCUCCAGUGGCUCCUCUACCAACAGUGGCCCAACUACUGAUUCCAUUGACUUCCCAGCCCACUCCUCCUCCUCCUCCCCCUCCCCUCGUCCCUCUCCUCCCGUCAACAAACGAAGACUCAACACCUCCAACACCACAAAAACUGGACCUCGAGCCAAGCAGCCUCGCACAGUCUCCCUCACCAACCCUCCCUCUUCUUCCUCACUCCCCCACCAUCCUCCCUCCCUCUCCUCCUCCACCCUCUCCCUCUCCUCCCUCCCCAACGUCACUCUGGAGACCGGGAUGAGUGUCUUUGUGACUGGAGCUGAUUUUGGGGUCGUGCGGUUCAUCGGAACCACCCAGUUUUCUAAGGGGGUGUGGCUUGGGAUUGAACUACGGAAACCUAAUGGAAAGAACGAUGGGUCGGUGAAGGGACAUCGCUACUUUCGCUGCAAGCCUUCUCACGGACUGUUUGUCAAACCAGAGAAAGCCACUCAUCGAGGAAUCAACUGCUCCAAGAUCCUCCCUAGCUCCUGCCUUGAGAACAACUCUUAACAUUGUGUUUAUGAUGUCAUCAUUAUGUAAUGUAUGUUGUCAACUAUCGUCCAAUGAACUUAGUGAUAGUGCAGGUGUAUUAUGCGUGCAUGGUGGCCCACUUGGUACAUGUUACCCUGGCAACGAUGUAUUAUGAUAAUAUU